AUGCUUUGCGGUGGCCAUUUGAGCACUGAACGAACUCCUAUUCCUUGGUUUUCCUGGGCACUGGGUCUCCGGAGACGCCGCGACAAGACUUUUUUCGCAGUCAUCAAUGUGCAGCCUGCUGACUUUGGUUUUGGUACAGACUACAACGCAAAACGAAUCCAUCCCCAUCCAACCACUCAGUUUCUCAACCCUUGGAUUGAUAUACUCCCUACAAACCCCCACCAGCCCGUGGCCAUGGAUGCCAAAGAAAUCGAGACAAAGGCCAAGGCCUUGACCAAGGCAGCCGCAGCAGAGGAGCCAACCUCCACGAUGAUCGGCAUGCUAAAGGAAUUGCAAACAGGAGUGCGCGCAUCAGAAAGCCUUCUACGAUCGACUCGCAUCGGUAUCAUAGUCAACAAGCUCAAGACAUCAAAGACGCCCGAAGUCGCGCGACUAGCCAGCGAGAUCGUUUCGAAAUGGCGCACCGAAGUCAACAAGCAAAAGCAAGCCGGCGGAUCAGCAGCCAGUCGAGCCUCCAGUUCUCCUCGUCCAGCUCAGAACGGCAGCACCGGCGCAUCCACACCCGCAGGGACUACCCCGACUGAUAAGGCAUCGAAGCUAUCCGUUCCACCAGACAAGCGCACAUGGAAGGCGGAUAAGGUGGAUACCAACGUGACCACGAGCAGGGUCCGCGACAGCUGCAUCGGUCUUAUGUAUGACGGUUUGUGUCUGGGGUCGACCGAGUCCCCUAAGGACGUUUUGAAAAAGGCUAUUUCUGUGGAGGGCGCUGCAUACGAUGCUCUCGGACCGGAUACCAAGGAGGCAUAUCGCACAAAAAUGCGCAGUCUGUUCCAGAACUUGAAAAACAAGAACAAUGUCAGUCUGCGGAAGCGCGUACUCGACGGCGAGAUCAAGCCUGAUUAUUUCAUUCGCAUGACGUCCGAUGAACUGCGCUCUGAUGCGCAACGUGAGGCGGAUGAGAAGAUCAAAAAGGUGAAUAUGAAUAACGCCAUGGUUGCUCAGGGCGAGAAGUCGAUCAGUACCAGUUUGCAGUGCGGCAAGUGCGGUCAGCGAAAGGUCACCUACACCGAGGCCCAGACUCGCGCUGCUGAUGAACCGAUGACUCUGUUCUGCACGUGCUUGAAUUGCGGCAAGUCCUGGAAGCAGUGA